AUGAGAGAGAUAUCGUGGUGUAUAGCGCUUUUGGCGCUCCUCGUCACCACUUUAGCUGACUCUACAGAAGAUCAACUCAGAAAUGACUCAGCAGAUAGUGGCAGCGCAUCAACAGGAAGCUCUCAAGAAGAAGUAGAAGAACCAAAAGCCUACAUGAGAACACCAGCAGUUGGUGGCGUAGCCGUCAGAGCAGGUGAAGAUGCGCUCCUGACCUGUGUAGUUCUUGGAGGUAGAGGCAGGCCGGUGUUGUGGAGAAGAGCAAAAGAUCUGCAGCUAUUGACGGCUGGUGGGGUGAGAGUCACGAGAGAUGAUAGAGUCAAUGUACUGCAUGAUGACGCGGAGGAACCUCUACCGGGUCCAGGCAUAGCAAAAGGCGGGGACGUUUGGGCUUUGGUCAUCAAAUCUGUGAAGACCACGGACGCUGGUCUGUACAUGUGCGAGCUGAACACUGAACCACCCGUCAGGAGUUUUCAUAGACUCACAGUGAUCUCCCGAGGUCUGACUCCACCGGAGAAUAACAACGUGACGGACAGUUACUCAGCCCACGUGCCCACGCUUUCUUCUAUGGCACUCUCCCACAACUACACUGACUGCUGUAUAGCUGGUAACGUCACCAAGAGUUGCCUUGGUUUCUGUAGUAUACAGACCAUUCUCGAAGGAACUGGUCAAGAUCCAGAGACGUGCCAGCCAGACUUUCCAGCUAUCGUCAAGUGUAUGGCAGAUGGUAGGAACCAUGUGCCCUGCUGCGUCCAAGAGCGAGUGCCUGACAUCUGUCAAGAUGUUUGCCGUGGCGAAUUUACUCCUGUAACUGAUAAUAUUAAGACCCAUUAUUCCUGCUCAUCUUAUAUGGAGAAGACACUGGCGUGUAUUGUUGAAGGCAUUGAACUCCUUCCAAGUCCACCAGAAGAAGUCGAAGUGGAACCUCUGAACGAGAAACAGUUAAACGUCACGUGGGCUCCACCAGUGGAAAAUGCAGACUCAGUCAUAGAAUAUGUAGUCAACGUUACCACGCUUAGGUCUUUUGAUGCCCAUCUCAUAGACCUUUCAGAGAGUUCCAUAAAAAUCAAUGACUCUGUGAGGAGUGGAAUGUCCACAACGUACAAAGUACCAUCAAAUAGGAGCUUCAUCGUUCUUAGUGAUUUAUUCCCUUUUACCAUGUAUGAAGUUCAUGUUACGUCAUUUAAUAUUCACGGAUCCAGUUUACCCAGCUAUGGGGUCAGGUAA